UUACAACAUGAACACAAAAAUUAGUGAUGAUGACACAAGGUCACAAGUUAGUAGGAGAAUGGAAAAAAUGAUGAGAGGUAGAGCUUUCAGUAGGAUAAAAAAUGUGUUCAGAAGAGGAAGGAAGAGGUCUUCAUCAGAAAGUGGUUGCAAUGACAUGAUAGAGGGUUAUGGCAAGGCGAGUGUUUCCCAUGCCACUGUGGUCAUCUUCCUAGAGUUCUUUUCCUGGGGCCUCCUCACUUCACCCACUAUACAGGCUCUCAAGACGGCUUUUCCCACUGGCACUUUCCUCAUGAAUGGCAUCGUACAGGGAGUCAAGGGCAUUCUGUCGUUCUUAUCUGCCCCCUUACUUGGGGCUUUGUCCGAUGCCUGGGGGAGGAAGUAUUUCCUGCUCCUCUCAGUGCUCUUCACUUGUGCACCCAUCCCCAUACUGCUCUAUAGUGCCACGGCCUACUUUAUUAGUGUGGCGAUAUCGGGAGUGUUUUCUGUCACUUUCUCCAUUGUGUUUGCCUACGUGGCAGAUUGCACAAGUGAGGAUGAGAGGACAUACUCCUAUGGACUGGUGUCUGCCACCUUUGCUGCUAGUCUGGUCAUCAGUCCGGCAUUGGGUACGUACAUCCUGAAUGCCAGCCCACUGCAUGGGGAGACACAAGUCAUUCUACUAGCUACCAUGGUAGCACUGUUCAACGUCAUGUUCAUUUGGUUUAUGGUGCCCGAGAGCCUCAAAGAGAGAAAAAGCAACUGGGGAGAGAUCAACUGGGACCAAGUGGACCCCUUUGCUUCCCUGCGUAAGGCUGGUAAAGACAUUCGUCUCCUGCGGCUCUCCAUCAUGGUCUUUCUUUCCUACCUCCCUGAGGCUGGCCAAUACUCAUGUUUCUUCCUCUACCUUCAAAAGGUGGUUGGAUUCUCACUGAACCAAGUGGCGCUGUUCAUAGCCGUUCUUUGUGUGACCUCAGUAGGUGCUCAGACUCUGGGCCUGACUUGGCUCAUGACCUUCUUUGGCUAUAAGUAUACCAUCAUCAUAGGGCUGGUUUUCCAGGCAGUGCAGCUGUUCAUAUAUGGAGUGUGGACCUCAAAAUGGCUGAUGUGGUUUGCUGGCAUAUUUGCAGCCAUAUCUUCCAUCAUUUACCCUGCCAUCAGCGCUUUGGUCAGCAAGAAUGCCUCGUCAGAACAACAGGGGGUGGCCCUCGGCAUACUCACCGGAAUGAGAGGGUUGUGUAAUGGGCUGGGUCCAGCUAUAUUUGGGUUCCUGUUCUGGGUGUUCCACGUUAAUCUUGGGGAAGCUGUUGGUGUCGGUAAGAGUGCUGUGGGUUUGAGUCCUGGACACAGCAGUACUGCAAAUAUUUCUGUGGCACCUAUAAUAGAGAAUGAGCUCUUCAAGGGUGUCCCAUUCUUGUUUGGAGUGUUUCCUGUGUUCCUGGCCAUCAUGGUAGCGUGUUGUAUCAAGGAAACUGAGCCAAUCAAAAUCAACCACUCUCGGAGAAAUUCCAACGCACCCUCCUCCUCGACUAGUACAGCAAUGACAUUACCUCUUAUAGAACAUGACAAUUCACAUGACACAUUGCAUCGAUCACCAGCUGACACUGACGCCCCAGUUUUUGUGGAGCUCACUAGACAAUCCUUGUUAUAGCAGAUACUUAUUUUGUUUAACCUUUCAAAUUCAUACUUCAGUGGAUUUUA